CCUUGUUCCUGCAAAAUUUCCUCUACAGACACCUUAAUUAGUCAAAUACAACACAAAACUCGCAGAAUGGAAAUGAAAAGGCAAGGAAGAAAAUCUCCAGUUGCAGCUAUGAGUCUGAGUCUACUUUGCUCAAUUCACUUCCAAGCGAUCCUUCUAUUGUUCGUGGUACUGCUGCAUGUAAAAACACUUGCUGUUUUUGGUGAUAGUACUGGCACCACUAGUUAUGCUGGUGGGAAUGAAACGGAUCAUCAAGCUUUGUUGGCGUUCAAGAGUAAGAUAACACUUGACCCUAGAAACAUUCUCAGCUCAUGGAAUGAUUCCAACCAUUUCUGCCAGUGGGAAGGUGUGACAUGCGGCCGCAAGCAUAGAAGAGUCACAAUAUUAGAUCUGCGGUCCAGAUAUUUGGUGGGUUCUUUGUCUCCAUACAUAGGCAACCUUAGCUUUCUUAGACAAAUCGUGCUCGCAAACAACACCAUUGGAGACAAAAUUCCUGAUGAAGUUGGCCGUCUAUACAGGUUGCGAGCAUUGAUGUUGUACAAUAACUCCUUUGAUGGGGAAAUUCCUGCAAACCUUUCCCAUUGUUCCAACCUCAAUUUCAUUUCUGUAGCUAGAAAUAACCUUUCAGGGUUGAUCCCAAAGCAGCUUGCUUCUUUGUCAAUGCUAAAGUCUCUUUCUUUUGACACAAACAAUCUCAUGGGAGGAAUCCCACCUUUCAUUGGGAACCUUAGCUCUCUACAACUUAUAUCUGCAGCUGACAAUGUUUUGGGAGGACAUAUUCCAGAUGCCUUGGGUCAGUUACAAAGGUUAAAAUAUCUUGGACUGGGUGGAAAUAAACUCUCUGGUUUGGUCCCUCCAUCUUUAUAUAAUCUUUCGUCUAUUAUUGUUUUUUCAUUGGCCAAAAAUGAGAUUAGUGGAGGUCUUCCUUCAGACUUAUUUCUCACCCUUCCUCGUCUCCAGUGGUUUCAAAUUGAUCGAAACCAAUUUACCGGAUCUCUUCCGGUCUCAUUAUCUAAUGCUUCAGAAUUAGAACUCUUCCUAAUUGAAGAAAACAAUUUUACGGGAAAAGUAUCAGUCAAUUUUGGAGGCUUACAACGUUUGGAGAAGUUGAUUGUUGAUAGAAAUAAUUUAGGAAGUGGAGAUGCUGAUGAAAUGGAUUUCUUUCAAUCCCUGGCCAAUUGUAGCAAUUUGCAGAUACUUGAUAUCAGAGCGAAUCAAUUCAAAGGUACGUUGUUUAACACUUUGGGUAAUCUUUCAACCUUACUUAGGGUUUUUGCAAUUAGCCAAAAUCUUAUUUUUGGAGAGAUCCCUCCAAGGAUGGGUAAUUUGGUCAACUUGACCAACUUAUUGAUGGAUGGUAACAAAUUAAUUGGGACAAUCCCAAGUGAGAUUGGCAAUCUUCAUAAGUUACAACGAUUAGUUUUAAGUGAUAAUAAACUCUCAGGAAGUUUACCAAUUACCCUUGGAAACCUAUCAUUGAUAAAUUAUCUGUACUUAGACAAUAAUAGAUUGCAAGGAACUAUCCCAUCAAGUAUAGAAAAUUGCCAAAAUUUGUUGUUGUUAAAUUUGUAUCAAAACAACCUUAGCGGCACCCUUCCAAAACAACUCUUUGGAAUUUCCUCAUUGUCAAUUUCACUUAAUUUAGCUCGAAACUUUUUCAUUGGAUUGCUACCAUCAGAGGUUGGCAAUCUUGUCCAUUUAGUAGAGUUGGACUUAUCUGAGAACAAUUUGUCAAGUAAAAUUCCAAGUAGCCUAGGCUCUUGUACAAGCCUUGAGUACCUUUAUAUGGAGGGUAAUUUCUUUCAAGGAGCAGUUCCAAUAUACUUGAGUUCUUUAAGAGGUAUUCAAGUCAUGGAUCUUUCUCGAAACAACUUGUCUAGUCAAAUUCCAAAUUUCUUGGAGAAACUUUCCCUGAAGAAUUUAAAUUUAUCCUUCAAUGAUUUUGAAGGAGAGGUUCCAACAAAAGGAGUGUUUGCAAAUUCUAGUGCAAUAUCCCUCAUCGGAAAUAGUAGGCUAUGUGGGGGCAUAUCAGAAUUAAAGUUUCCUAGAUGCUUAACAAAAAAAGAGAAGAAAGCAAAGUGGCCUCUUGCAGUUAAAGUGGCAAUCUCAAUGGCAUGUGUGAUUCCGGUAGUAACCAUAAUGUCAUUUUUCUUAUUUUGUCGGCACAAAAGACAAAGAAAAGAUAAUUCUUCAGAAUCUUCUUUAAGGCAAUCACUUUUGAAAGUGUCUUACCAAGUGCUCCUUAAAGCAACUGAUGGAUUUUCGCCAGCAAAUUUGAUUGGUGUGGGUAGUUUUGGCUCGGUCUAUAAAGGUAUCCUUGGUGAGGAUGAAUCAAUUGUUGCAGUCAAGGUAAUUAAUAUUCAACGUCAAGGAGCUUCUAAGAGCUUCAUCUCCGAGUGUGAAGCCUUGAAAAAUAUUCGUCAUCGGAAUCUUGUGAAAAUCAUUACUUCCUGCACAAGUGUGGAUUUUCAUGGCAAUGAUUUUAAGGCUCUUGUUUUUGAGUUCAUGCCAAAUGGAAGUUUAGAAAAUUGGUUGCAUAUGGAUUUGGAAACAAAUGCCAGGCAAGUAGAUAUACAAAAUUUGAACCUUGUUCAAAGAAUAAGCAUUGCCAUUGAUGUUGCCUGUGCACUCGAUUACCUACAUCACCGUUGCCCAAUGCCAAUUGUUCAUUGUGACCUAAAGUCAAGUAAUAUUCUUUUUGAUUGUGAUAUGAUUGCUCAUAUUGGAGAUUUUGGGCUUGCGAAAUUUCUUUUAGAACUUACAAAUCCGAAACAAAGCGACUCAAUUGGAAUAAGGGGAACAAUUGGGUACACUCCUCCAGAGUACGGUGUAGGAUGUGAUGUGUCAACAAAAGGAGAUGUCUACAGCUAUGGAAUCUUAUUAUUGGAGAUGAUAACAAGAAAGAAACCCACAAAUUGUGUGUUUGAGGGAGGCCUUAACCUUCAUAACUAUGCUAGCAUGGCAUUGCCUAAUCGUGUAAUAGAGAUUUCAGACCCAAAACUGUUAAACAAUUGUGGAGAUACAGACAGAACAGAGGAGUGUUUAAUAUCCAUGGUCAAGAUUGGAGUAUCAUGCUCUAUGGAGUUGCCACAAGAACGAUGGGACAUUAUCAAGGCCUUGUCUGAGCUGUAUUUGGUCAGAGACAUUCUUCAUGGCGCUCGGAUUUAGCACUACGUUCUUGAAUAUUUAGAAGGCUCAUAAAGUAUUACAAUGGAUGGAAAGACACGUUUGGCGUUCUAGAUAAACAUGCUUAUAGUUUAUCGAGGAGUAUUCUACAUGGUUCUUAUACCCAGUCUUAUAUCUGUAUUUUAUUUGCUUUUUAGUCAAUCAAAAUAAUUUCUUUCAAACUUGUAUUUGUGUUUGAUCCUAUUGAUAUUAUGUUUGGAAAAUAAAUUAUCUAAUUUCAUUAGCAGUUGUAAUAUUUUCAGCUAACAAUAAGAUGUUUCCUUCACUUCCCAUUCCACAUCAAUAUACUUUUUGUCAAAGCUUGAACUCAUAACCAUGCUUGAGAACAAUUAAAUUAAAUAAAAAUGACAGUAUGUUAUACGAGAGUUUCCUCAAAAGCUCCAC